GGAGCUCGUUCAGCGCAGCGGAGUACUAAAUAAAAGCGUUUCGGCCAACUUGGUUCUUUGCCAAUUGCACUCACAAUCAUAACAAUGAAAUGAGUUAAAUUUAGUGCACCAGAAACCAAAACCCCAAAAGGAUUAAAGCUAAACAAAGGAAAAGUUGCACAUAAAUUCAAUUGAGAACGUUUAUGGCACAUCGCAGAUAUACUUUAAUUUAUAGCUUAAAUAAAAAGAAUUGUUGGCAAUAACUCAACAGCAAUAAGAAAACAUCAUCCGGUUAAACAAGAGUGUUAAAAAUUGAAUAUGGAAAGUGUGUAGGAAUAUCAAGUGAAGUGAACGAUCUUAAGAAACGAUAUUUUUAUGAAUUCUGUGAAAGUGUUAUGUUGCUCUGAGAAGCUGAAGAACUAUAAAAUUACUUGAUUGCUGAUCUGAAGAUAUUGAUGUACAACAUGUGGAUAACUUGUAAUUGGAUAUGCUACGUGAUCCUGGCUCUCAGCUGCUUGAAUAAAGCCACCUUUGGAGCUAUUCUGGACUCUCGUUGUUAUCUUGAGGGCGGUGGUUCCGCAGAGAGUUUUCUCGCUACUGAAGAUCUGGCGGUGGGUUCCAUAAUUGGCAAAUUAAGGAUUAACGGAGAUCCCACUGCAGAAACAGGGGAUAUCAACCUUUCCUUAAGAGAAAAAAAUGCACCCGUAGAGAUUCAUGCCGGAACCAAGGAACUAGCCCUAUCGGUGGAGUUGGACAAGGAGGGUGUAAGAGGACCUUCCUCUAUCUAUGUGAAUGUCAUCUGCAUACGACGACAUUCAACUGAUCCGAGCUUCGUCAUUCCCGUAAAUGUUCGAGUAACCGAUGUGAACGACAAUGCCCCUCAGUGGAUCGGCACUCCCUACACUUUGACGCUUUCGGAGGUGACAGUUCCGGGGACUAGAAUCCUGCAGGGAGCCCGUGCCGAAGAUGCCGACCAACCAGGCCCCUUCUCCACGGUGGAGUACCAGGUGCUUCCCGGUCCAUAUUCGGAAUACGUGCAAUUCCUCAAUCCACUAGAAGGGACGUUGGUAUUAAAGAAAGCACUGGACUAUGAGCAACUGCAAAAUUUUACCGUGAAGCUGAGGGCGCAGGAUCAAGGCACACCUCCACGUCACUCGGACACACUGCUUCGGGUGGUUAUCACGGAUGCAGAUGACCAGAACCCGAAGUUUCAGCGGGAGUCCUACAGUGCAGAAAUACCAGCAGAUGGCCGACCAGGAGAGCUACGCAUGCGACCGGAGCCCCUGAAGGCGGUAGAUCAGGAUGAGGGGAUCUGUGCCCCCAUUCAGUACACGAUAGUCCAAUCGCAGGAUGCCAAGUACUUCCGCAUCCAUCCGCAUAAUGGGGCAAUCAGUUUACUUACCCCCAUUGGAUAUGCAGAUGUGGCCAAUGGCGCCACUCUAGUGGUGAAGGCCACGCAGAUUGACAAUCCCGAUCGUUAUGCGCUGACCACUGUUCAGUUGACCCGACCUGGUAGUCACAGUGAUCUUAGUACUCUGGCUUUUGUCCAAAAGAGAUUCGUGAUGCGCAUUCGUGAGGAUACAGCGGUGGGCAAUCGUAUACUGGCUCUACCUACCAAUAAACCCGGUAAACAUCUAAAGUACACCAUCCCUGAUCCGGUGAACUCGCAGUUCUUCACCGUUGGAUCGCUGGGAGAACUUGUGUUAGCCAAACCACUUGACUACGAGAAGAUGACUAAGCACGAGUUCCAAGUUUUAGCCACCGAUGGAAUGACGAACAGCACUGCGGAACUCACGUUGGAUGUAAUAGACGUAAAUGACUGGGAACCUCGUUUCCGUGAGACGCACUACGAGUUUAUGGUACCCAAAAGCCAAUCCUUACAAUCCCGCGUGGAUUCCUUUGAGGGCGUGCUAAUCGGCAAGGUUGAGGCUGCUGACGGGGAUCGCAAUGACAAACUGGAACUCUCAUUGCGUGGUCAGCAUGCCGGACUCUUCGAGAUAGAUGCCACAGGGAACAUUUACAUGCGGCCGGAGCAGCUACAAAGUCUUAAUGAAUCCACAGUCCAUCUGAUAGCCAUCGCUACGGACACAGGUGUGCCCCCGAGAAGCACCUCAGUUCCUGUCAGCGUUACAAUGGAGGGUCUGACCCUGGCUCAAUCCGGCUGGAAUAGCAAUAUGCUAGGAAUGUUCGGCAUGAUCAUGGGCCUUUUCCUGAUGAUCAUAGUGGCUCUCAGCUGUUAUAUUGUCCGAUCUAAAAAGCAGGGCAAGAGCGCCUCCAGUGGAUUGGGUCUUGGACGAAACCGGGUGCAUAGUCAGGCGCACAGCAGCGUAUCCUCGGCUAAUCUGGUGACCCACGAAAAGCUGGCGGGUAAUGGCAAUGGAAACGGUGCCAGUGUGACGAGCGGCGGUGUCUCUGUGUUGCAUAUGAAGCACGGCGGUAAUAUCACCAUGGCCAAUCCGAUGAACAAUGGCCUGCAUCAUGUGGCCAGUGGAGCCAGCAGUAGCAUGGCCCUCGGAAGUUCCGCCGCCUUGUUGGAGCGAGAACGAGAGAGGGAGCGGGAUCGAGAGCGUCAGCGGGAGAGCUAUGCGGCCACAGUGCGCAUCUUCCUGCCAGGCAUAGUAUCGCGCGCUUCUGCCAACGGCCAGCUGUUCGAGGAAGAUGAGAUCGAGCACGACUCCCUGCAGACGGAGAAUAACAACAGGAAAGUUGCUGUCACGGGAGCGGCAAGUGGCGGGGUCACCACCAUCACCACCACCUCGGCCAAUGCGGGCUCCAAUCUUCUAUCCGCCACAGAUGCCAUGGGUUCCUCGGAGAACAACUUGACGGUCUACUUUUAGAAUUGUGAGAGCCAGCUCCUUCCAAAGAGCUUGUAAAUAUCGCUGCUAAGUCAGUUUAGGUUUAGGUUUAGGCCGCGCACACAUGUAUGUACAUUGAGUAGACCAAAUAUAGCAUUGUAAACAGACCCAGCACAUGAUUAAGAUUAAGUCCAAGCGAUUUCCAUUGUAAAGUUUUGCUUCCCAGAUUUUAAGUGGAUCCGUCCAAUAAAGUUUUCGACUAUUCAAGCGUGUUGGCCCCUUCCAUGCA